CAAAAUAGUCAAAAAUCCUCAAAAAAUGGAAAAAAUUGAGAUAAAAAAUGAAGUUAAGCCAAGCAACAAGGAACCCGCCGAGAAAAAGGAAUUCGUACACAGAACAUUAGUCGACCAUCAACGAAUAAAACUCGAAAAACUCAUGAAGAAUCCUGAAAAACCCGUGAUAAUUCCCGAAUCUCCGCGCGAAAGAGACUUCAACGCCUCAGUUCCGACGUUCGUUCGUAACGUAAUGGGCAGUUCGGCGGGUGCCGGUUCAGGAGAAUUUCACGUAUAUCGAAAUCUGAGGAGGAAAGAAUAUGCGCGUCUCAAGGGAAUCGAAGAGAAAAGUCGUCGCGAGGAAAUGGAUGAAAAUUGGAAGGCGAAAUUGGAGCAAAAUGAACGAGAAGCGGAAGAGAGAACAGCGAAAAAGCGAGAAAAGAGGCUGAAAAAGAAGCAACAUGGAGGAAAUAAAAAGCCAAAAGUUGAGGAAAAGAAAGAAUGGAAGCCGCUGAGUGAUGAUGAGUUGUUGAAUGAGCCGUCGGAUGAGGAAAAAGAGGAAAAUUCAACGGAUGAGAAGGAAAAAGAUGAAAAAAGUGAGAGCACGAAUGAAGAACAUACAAAAAAUGAUGAAGAAACGACGAAAAAAGAUGAUGAUAGUGAGAAAAGUAAAGAGGAAGAUAAAUAAAAAUUAUUUUAAGAAAAAAAUAA